GCGGCGGCGGCGGCGGCCCGGACAGCGCGCGGGGCUCGGCGGCCCCACAGACCUGAUGGAGAGUCCCGAGAGCCCCAGCACCGACGAUAUGGAGUUGAGGAGUGAGACCACAAAGGCAACUCCAAAAGAAAACAUUACAGGAGAAGAAUCAUCCCAUGGGGUAAAAGUAGAAAGACUCAUGUGGUCUGAUCUUUGCUAUUCUACUUUUAGGGAAAUUGGGAAAAGUGAGAGUCAGAAAAAAAGACAGCAGAUAAAACUGGGAAAUAACAUAAGAAAAAUGACUAAACAGCAACAGAUCCAUACUGGAGACAACUGUUGUAUAUAUAACGAAUGUGGUAAAGCCUUCAGUCAACACUCAAACCUUACAGAACAUAAGAAGAUCCCUAGUGGAGAAAAACCUUUUAAAUGUAAUGAAUGUGAGGGAGCCUUCACUUGCAUCUCAAGACUAAAUCGACAUCAGAAGAUUCAUACUGGAGAGAAGCCUUAUAAAUGUAACGAAUGUGAGAAGACCUUCAUUCAGAGUUCAAAUCUUAUUCGACACCAGAUGGUUCAUACUGGAGAAAAGCUUUUUAAAUGUAAUAAAUGUGGGAAAGCAUUCACUCGAAAUUCAAGACUUCUCCGACAUCAGAAGAUUCAUAUUGAAGAGAAACCUUACGUAUGCGAUGAGUGUGGAAAAGCAUUCAUUCAGAGCUCAAAUCUUACUCGACAUCAGAAGAUUCAUACUGGAGAGAAGCCUUAUAAAUGUAAUGAAUGUGGGAAAGUAUUCACUCGCAAGUCAAGACUUAUUCGACAUCAAAAGAUUCAUACCGGGGAGAAGCCAUAUAAAUGUAAUGAGUGCGGGAAAACCUUCAUCCAGAGCUCAAAUCUUAUCAGACAUCAGGUGAUUCAUACUGGAGAGAAGCCUUAUACAUGUAAUGAAUGUGGGAAAGCCUUCAUUCAGAGUUCAAAGCUUGUUAGGCAUAAGAUGGUCCAUACUCGAGAAAAGCAUUACAAGUGGAAUAAAUGUGGGAAAGCCUUCAGUCAGGGCUCAGCCCGCAUUAUGCAUCAGAUGAUUCAUAUUGGAGAGACGCCUUAUAAAUGUAGUGAAUUUGGGAAAGCCUUUGGUCAGUGCUCAAACUUGACGGAACAUAAGAAGAUCCCUAGUGGAGAGAAACUUUUUAAAUGUAACGAAUGUGAGAGAGCCUUCACUUGCAUCUCAAGACUUAAUCGACAUCAGAAAAUUCACACUGGAGAGAAGCCUUAUAAAUGUAAUGAAUGUGGGAAAACCUUCAAUCAGAGCUCAAAUCUUAUUCGACACCAGAUGAUUCAUUCUGGAGAGAAGCUUUACAAAUGUAAUGAAUGUGGGAAAGCCUUUACUCGCAAGUCAAGACUUAUUCGACAUCAGAAGAAUCACACUGGAGAGAAACCUUACAAAUGUGAUGAGUGUGGGAAAACUUUCAUUCAGAGUUCAAAUCUUAUUCGACAUCAGAUGAUUCAUAUUGGAGAAAAGCCUUAUAAAUGUAACGAAUGCGGGAAAGCCUUCAUUCGAAAGUCUCACAUGAUUCUACAUCAGAGGACACAUAUUAGAGAGAAGCCUUAUAAAUGUAACGAUUGUGGGAAAGCGUUUAUUCAGAGCUCAGACCUUGAUAAGCACCGGAGGAUUCACACUGGAGACACACCUUAUAAAUGUAAUGAAUGUGGUAAACCUUUCCUUACAAACUCAUCCCUGGUUAGACACCAGCGGAUUCAUACUGGACAGAAUUUUUUUCCCAAAGUUCAGAGCACUGAUAAUAUUUGUAUCUUAUAUUACUGUUUUUCAGAGUUGGAACAUAGAAAAAAGGUCACAGAGGCAACUUCAAAAGAAAAUACCCCUGAAAAAGAAUCAUCCCACGAAGGAAAGUCUGAGAAAUUUAUCAGUGCUGAUCAUUGCUCAUCUACUUGUGGGGAAAGUGAGAGCCAGGAAAAGAAUCAGGAGGUAAUGUAUGAAAAGAAUUUGAGAAGCAGGAAGAUUCAAAUUGGAAACCAUGCUAAUAAAGAUAAGGAAUAUGAGAAAGUCUUCAAGCAAUAUUACAAAGACUGUGAGGCUGAGAAGCUUUAUAAAUGUAAAGAAUGUGGGAAAACAUUCACUCGCAAGUCAAGAAUUAUUCGACAUCAGAAGAUUCAUACUGGAGAGAAGCCGUAUAAAUGUGAUGAGUGUGGGAAAGCUUUCAUGGAGAGCUCAACUCUUAUUUUACAUCAGAGAAUUCAUACUAAAGAGAAGCCUUAUAAAUGUAAUGAAUGUGGGAAAGCUUUCACUCAAAAUUCAACACUUGUAAUGCACCAGAGAAUUCACACUGGAGAGAAGCCUUAUAAAUGUAAUGAGUGUGGGAAAGCUUUCAGUCAGAGCUCAAAUCUUAUUGUACAUCAGAAGACUCAUAUUGGAGAAAAGCCUUAUAAAUGUAAUGAAUGUGGGAAAUCCUUCACUCAAAAUUCAACUCUUGUUAAGCACCAGAGAAUCCAUACUGGAGAGAAACCCUAUAGAUGUGAGGAGUGUGGGAGAGCCUUCACUCAGUACUCAACCCUUCUCAAGCAUCAGAGAGUUCAUAAUGGAGAGAAGCCUUAUAAAUGUUUUGAAUGUGGGAAAGGCUUCAGUGAAAGUUCAACUCUUAUCAUCCAUCAGAUAAUUCAUACUGGGGAGAAGUCUUACAAAUGCAACGAGUGUGGGAAAUCCUUCAUUCAGAGCUCAAACCUUAUCGUACAUCAGAAGAUCCAUACUGGAGAGAAGCCUUAUAAAUGUAAAGAAUGUGGGAAAGCCUUCACGCAAAGUUCGGACCUUUUCAAACACCACAGAAUUCAUACUGGAGAGAAGCCUUACAUAUGUGAUGAAUGUGGGAAAGCUUUCAUCCAGAGUUCACUGCUUAUUAGGCAUAAGAUGAUUCACACUGGAGAGAAGCCUUAUAAAUGCAAUGAAUGUGGGAAAGCCUUCAGUCGGAGUUCAAACCUCAUUGUACAUCAGAAGAUUCAUUCUGGAGAGAAACAUCUUGUAAAAAACAGGGAAAAGCCUUCUUGUGAUAUUAAGCAAGAAAAAAUUCCCACUGAUGAAGAACCUUUUUAACCCUUCUGUGACCAACAUAUAACAUUGGAAAAUGAAGAACGAAAAGGCAUUUAUUAAGAAUUUACCAUGUGUCAAGUAUUGAACUAAUUGUUGGGUUUUUAAGUAAUAAAAGAUGAUACUUUCUACUCUUUAGUCUAGUGUAGAGAGACAGCAUAUUCACAUUCAAUCAGCUGCAAGAUUGGGGGGAGACAAAACAUCUUAAGGGUUCAAAUAUAAGGUCAAUGGCAAUGUCCAUCAAUUCUUAGUAUCUGGGUUUCUGUCCAACAGGGACUGCCCAUCAUAAUUAGGGUUUGGGGAAAGUAAAAUUAAGGAUCUGAGAGGAAGUAUCGAUUUUCUUUGGGAGGGGACUGGCAUUUAAGGUCUUGUCAGAAAUGGAAAAGGGGAAGGGUUAUUGACAAAAAGUAGAGGGAAAAUGUGUGUGGGGAAGAAAAAUUAAGAUCCCAGUGGACACCAGUUGCCACUGGACCUUCUAGUCAAUCUCGCAUGAAAUCUGAAAUAACUUGCCAGUGCCAAGAGAACACUAUCAUCUCAUGCAGGAUUGAAUUCUUGGAAAUGUAAUAAAUGUCUGAAAGCUUUCCAAGCCUUUUCCUCUAGAAAUUCUCCUUCCAAUUUUUCAUUUGACUUUCUGGAUUUCAACACCAUGCCUCACUUUGACUCCCAAUACAGAAACUCCUCCAGUACCUGUAAUCUCCUCAAGAAGAUCCCUUUUGACUUUCUUCCUGACCUUAUCUUUCUUAUCCCUGAUCCUUUCUCCCAUUAGUGAAUUCCUUCCAUGCCUCUGUUUUGUUGAGGAUACCAAAAUGACCAUAAAUAAACCUUAAUUGUCCUUCCACAUUUUCUUCUGACUUUCUGACUAAAAUACCAAAAAUUCUAUACAGGUAUCUGCAUCUCUCCUCACUAUCCCACUUUAUAACUCCCUCCCAAUUAAAUGGAAGCACCCUGAGAGGACAGUCUGUCUGCUUGUAUUUGUAUUGCCAAUUCUUAGCACUAAGCCUGACACAUAUUAAGUCUUUAAUUGAUGACCCUUGAUUGUCUCUGUUACACAAUACAAACAAAUACCAACAUUAAAGAAUUCAUAGAAGAGAGGAAAACUAGUCAUGCUUUAGCUAUGAACUUGUGCUUCAAAUUCUUUUCCUGUAAUAGUGUUUUUCCUUGAUUCACAUUUACUGAACAUAUUCAAGAAUAUCCAUUUAUUGUUAUAAUUAAUGAGUUCAAUUUGCUUUCUAACAUUUUCUUCUUAUGUGUUUCCUGGGGAGAGUGAAAUCUAGCAUUCCACUCUCAUUGGCUCCCCAAAAAUUUGUGAUAAUCAUUUAUCAUUUUAUUUUCACCAUCAUUUUGCAUUUCAUGCACUAAUUAGUGCAAUCAGGCUAUUGCACUAACCCUAUACUUCACUGAUGGUGACAUCUCGUUAAUUAAGAUUUCUUGUAGAAAGGGAUCCUUGAGUUGAGUUUUCAAUGAAGCAAGGGUUGGAAGAGUUGGACUUAUUACCAUAUGGAUAGGGGAUUGGGGAGGCAUCCUAUAUUUUAGAGGCAAGAGAUGAAGAGAGACCAUUUGAGCAUUUUAGAUAUUUUGGAAGUUAGGACACAGAUGAAGAUCCAUCUAAUAAAAUGAGAUUUCAGAUUUGUAAGAGCAGAAUCAGGAAGGAACUGUCUUAAGGAAACUGAGGUAGGAGAGAGAAGGCUGGGUGGAAGGCGUAUUCAACAUUGGAAUACUUACAAAGCUGGCAGUGAGAUAAAGAGUAAGGAAAACAGUUUGGAAUUUAUCAAGAAGGAAAUGGGAGCCAGAUUACAAGUGACUGGAAGGUAAAAAAUAAGUGUAGAUUGUAAGGAUCUGAGUCUCAGUCUACUCUAUGUCAUGGGUAAGAGGAAAAGAAUCUAUGUCGUGAAAAUGUUUGUAAAUAUUAGUUCUAUCACGUCGUGGCUGAUCUUUGAAGCACAACUGAAUUAAGUUUGGAGAAGCUCAUCGGAAACAUUGGCUGCUGAGCAGUGGAAACUUUUGACAUCAGUAACUAUUGAAACCCAUCUUCUGAAGAGCAUAUAGGGGAGGAUUAAUGAUAAAUUGAAAUGAGUGAACAAUUAACGAAUCUGAUUUUUUAAAGAGAAAACCAAGUUAACUUGAAACAUUAACUUUAAUUACUUACUUAACCGUUAACUUUAAAAUACUUUAAAAUUCACAAAAGUGAGCAAGAACUAAGAUACAAUUGAAAAGACUUUUUAUCCAAUUACAUGUGAACAAAACUGACAAUUUCAACAACAUAAAUUAAUUUUUACAAAAUAUAAAAUAUACAAAUGAACAGAACAAGAAAUACAGAACUUGAACAACCUAAUUUUAAAAGAAAAAACUGAACAAGCUACAAAUGAAGUACCAAAGGAAACAAACAAACAAACAAAAACAGGACCAAAUAGAUUCUCAAGUGAAUUUUAUCAGAGGUUCUAAGAACUGUUAAAAGUGAAUUUUUGGAAAACCAUAACAUUCAAUUUUGGUGUGUAUCAGUCUCUUGUUAUAUAUGGUGUUGGCAUGAACUGUGAGAGAGACCAGUUGCAGCAACUGAUUUCCUUUAGUAUUUUCUUUUCCUUUCCUUUUUGGUAUAGAAAAACUUAAUUGGCAAAAAGGAAGAUUUCAGAAUUUCUGGAAUAUUCUCUUCCCUAUCUAGACUGAUAGGUAUUUCCCUUUGAUUUGUUAUACUUAGAGGAUACCUCUUUUAGCUAUCUCCUGUUGUUAAUGAUACAUAUUUCCUCAAUAAGCUUAGGAUUGUUUUUCUGUUUGUUUGUUUGUUUUUUGGUAUGAACAGCUAUAUUGUAGUUAGCAGCCACAUUUCUCCCAUUAUGUUUCGUAUAAUGUAUAAAUAUUGCUUGUUGGAUUGUGAAUGUCUCUGGAGGGCACAUAGGGGAGGAUUAAUGAUAAAUUGAAAUGAGUGAACAAUUAACCAAUCUGAUUUUUUGCUGGGGUAUACCACACUCUUGAUUGUAAUACAAUCUGUCUUCUUAUUUGUGUUAGCUUUUUGGCUACAGCUAGUCAAAUUGUUAGGAAAAUUAAUGUGAAAAUUCUAGCUACACUGUCUGCUACUGGAUGACCCCACUGCUACAGACCCCCAACUUAAAGAACUCUUCAAGCAUGCUUUGAGAAGUGCGCCAAUUUGACACCUUUAAAAGAAGAGGGAACUGAGAGGGCUGGGAAGCAUUGCAGCCUAGCACUUUUGUGCUCCAGAUUGAAACAAUCCCAGAGAAGAGUUAGAGUUUUGUGUAUUUUUGUAUUGUGUUGUUGAACUGUCAUUUGUAUAUGAGUGUCUUGGCUGCCUUUCUUUUCCAAAUUCCCAAUUCAAUCUAUAACAGAGAUUCAUCCAUUCAAGAUAAAGAUUCAUAAACAUAGAGUAAAUCUUGAGUAGCUAAUGGAAUCCCAUUCAAAAUAAUAACAGGAGCCCAACAUAAAACUCAAAAAUUGUUAGAGUAAUCAGUAGUCAUUAGGAGAGUUGGUCAUUCUAUUUUUUUGUUUGUUUGUUUGUUGUUGUUGUUGUUUUUUGCUGAGGCAAUUGGGAUUAAGUGACCUGCCCAGAGUCACACAGCUAGGAAGUGAUAAGUGUCUGAGAUCAUAUUUGGACUCGGGUCUUCUGGAUUUCAGAGUUGGUGCUCUAUCUACUGCACCACCUAGCUGCCCCUGAGAGUUGGUCAUUCUAGAUCAAAAGCUUCUUGGUAUUAUUUUGGCAGAUUAAAAGAGAAAUCAUAGUAAGAACUGAUGUGCCUAAAUCUGUACUUGCCAAACUCUGUCAAACUAAAUAGCCAAAUUAUCUUUAUUUUACUGAAUAGUCUUGAUCAUUAUUUGAUACAUUUUGAUCAUGAAAUUUUAUAAAUUUUAAAGGGCUAACUAGAAGUUAAAUUCCCCAAACAAAUGUGUUUGGUUUAUUUGGACAGAGUCUGGAGUUCACAAAAUUUGCCAACCAAAUAAUUGUGAAAAAUUAAUGAAUCUUUCUCUUGGGGAAAAAAAAAGAAAAAUACCUGAAAAUAGGUGCUGGCAUUCAUUGUUACAUUUUCCACUUGGUAUCACACUGCUAGUCUCAGUUCCACUUUUUGGAAAUACCAGAAAUCCAGAAGCAGUAUUUUUUUAAAAGAAAUGAUGUCACUUUUUUUAACUCUGUCUUUUAGUGGCAAGAAAAAUAUUUCUGUUAAAUCCCUUCAAAUAAUCUCUUGUUAAAAUGAGAGAGACAAGAGAAAAAGAGAAAGAUGGAUAGAGACUCUGAGGCAGGUAUACCACCUGAUACAACUAUUAGUUGCAUUGCAGUGAAGUUUUAGUUGAUUGGUGGUAUCUGUUAUCAUGGCCAUCAUCCUAGACAUUAGCAUAAGAAAUGCUUUUUUCAUUCCAGUUACACAGCCAAUUCUAAUAUCAAAUGUCUCCUUACUAAACUUUCAGUACAAAAUAAGAAAAAGAAUGAGAAUUUUUAUGCAAAUUUUUUAAACUUUCAAAAGAUUUAAUAAUCUGCCUUUAUUCUGUGAAAUUGAGAAUGCAGAGAGUCAAAUAAAAAAGAAAACCUUUGCCCCAUUUGCAGAAAUUUAUGAUAUUGUGACUAAACUUGUGACUGAAAAAUAAUUUCUUUACUGUGAAUUUCUAUACCGUGUUUUCAAUGGUUUUUGUAAAUGUUGAAAUAUCCUACUGAGUUUUGGGGAUACUCUUCCUUAUAAAUUAAAAAAAUAAAAACUUUGAAAACUUUACAUAUAAA